AUGUCUGUAAAUAUUGUGGAUGGCGACGCAAUUCUCAUACUUCUUCGAGAUGCUAUUGUGCAACAUUUACCUUUGAAAGAUAUCAAACGUAUUCUUUGUUUCAAGCAAUUAGAUCUCAAUGGAGCUGUACGUCGCGGUCUUCGUGCAUUGCAUUACGCUGUAUUCGAGAACGAUCUGGAAUGUGUGCGUCUUCUCGUCGAGGAUUACCAUGCUGAUGUCAAUGUCCUUGAUGACGCUGGUUACUCACCCUUGCAUCUAGCUUCCAAAUACGGUUUCAUUGAUAUCAUCCAUGUUUUGAUUGACAAUGGUUCGCUAGUCAAUUUUCAUACUGCUUCCACACAUUCAGUUACCACAUCCCAUCAAGAAGUUAUCAUUGAGCCCUUGAGUCUUUCGUUAGAGAAUAAUCAUAUCGAUUGUGCACGUUUAUUACUGUUUUCUGGCGCCAACGUGAAUCAACAUUAUUUUCUCGGUUAUGAAAUUAAUCUAUUACCAUAUGAGAAUCUGUCUUCGUUGGAGUUAAUACUAAAACACGGAGCGAAUCCAAACGCACUUUCGCGAAGUGGUAUAACACCGUUAAUCAAAGCGUGUCGCGAAGGAAAUCUCGGUGCAGUCACUCUCCUAUGUCGCUACGGUGCGAAUGUAAAUUAUGUAACGAGAAAAUUUCGACAACGAAACGCUCUGAUUACAUCGAUCGAUUCGAAACGUGGUGAUAUUAUUGAACAACUCUUGAUCUACGGUGGUUUUACUAAUAAACAUCCAGAUUUAUGCAAUUCACCAUUAGAAUUAGCGAUUCGCAAAGAUGAUAUCAAUACUGUACAAUUAUUAAUCGCAUUUGGUGCUGAUACAAAUGAGGAAACGAAUGAAGAUAAUGAAUGCAUCACUCCAUUGAUUCUCGCUUGUCAACUAGCAAACUUAGGAAACCAGUAUUCGAUCAUAAAAAGUUUGUUAGAAAAUGAUGCUGAACCAAAUCAAUCAGUUUCAUAUAAUCCUCAGCAUCAUCAUCAGCAUGUGCCAUAUCGAACACCAUUGGUAACAUAUAUUAAUUACGCUCGUGAUCGACGAUUGGACAUGAGAAUUAUUCGUCUCUUGAUUGGGUACGGCGCACGAGUUUCGUUUUCCAGAGGACGAGAUAGUGUCUUGCGAUUUCUACGUCGGUUUCAAUCGAAUUCGCAUUUGAUUGAAGUACUUUGUGAGGCGGCUUACUUAUUUCAUCGAAAUUAUAUCGUUGAAUGCACGGAAUUAGAUGAAACGACUAAGUCAGUAAUCUAUCGAGCAGCAACGACGCCACAGACAUUGAAAAAUAUAACUCGAAAGCAAAUCCGAGAUUAUCUAUUUAAUUCAUCACUGAAAAUCCGUAUUGAACGUGCGGUGAAAAAGUUAGAUUUACCUGUAUUUUUGCAACGAUAUUUAUUGUUCGAUGAUGUCUAA